UCGGCGGGGCGGGGCGGUUGGAGGCGGGGGGGGGGGGGGCGGCGGCGGCGAUGAUGGCGGCGGCGGCCGAGCUGGAGUCGUCGCUGGAGCUGAGCCUGCCGGGCAGCGGCAGCCUGCCCCCGGCGCGCUCCCGCAUCUUCAAGAUCAUCGUCAUCGGCGACUCCAACGUGGGCAAGACGUGCCUCACCUACCGCUUCUGCGCCGGCCGCUUCCCGCAGCGCACCGAGGCCACCAUCGGCGUGGACUUCCGCGAGCGGGCCGUCACCAUCGACGGCGAGCGCAUCAAGAUCCAGCUAUGGGAUACAGCAGGCCAGGAGCGCUUCAGAAAGAGCAUGGUGCAGCACUAUUACAGGAAUGUACACGCUGUCGUGUUUGUGUAUGAUAUGACAAACAUUGCCAGUUUUCACAGUCUGCCAUCGUGGAUAGAGGAAUGCAAACAACACCUCCUUGCCAACGAUAUACCACGGAUUCUUGUUGGAAAUAAAUGUGACCUGAGAAGUGCUAUUCAGGUACCUACGGACUUGGCCCAGAAGUUUGCUGAUACUCACAGUAUGCCGUUAUUUGAAACCUCUGCCAAAAACCCCAAUGACAAUGACCAUGUGGAGGCCAUUUUUAUGACACUGGCUCACAAGCUUAAAAGUCACAAGCCAUUAAUGCUUAGUCAACCCCCAGAUCGUGAUCAAAUACAUAUAAAGCCUGAACCAAAACCUGCCAUGACCUGCUGGUGUUAAAUGUCACUAUUUAUUAGCUCUCACCUUGUCUUGUUUGCAAAUGCUCCAAAAUUAUCGUCUUGGCACAGAUCCAGGGUUUGGUAGCAAUUAUAGGAAAUCUCUUUGGCACUUUACUGUGUUUUUUUUUUUUUUUUUUUUUUUCCAAGUGUAGAUGUGCCUGUCUCAUUUUCUUGCACUUUGUAAUUGUACUUUCUGAAUUACUGAAGUUUCACUAUAAAUAUACAGGAAUGUAAACUUUCAAGUGAAGUAUUGACAAAGCAAUUCUUCUAGAGCUCUUGCUGCCUGAGAUCGUUUUUGUCACUUGCGGUAAAGCUAUAUAUAGUAAGACAGUUUACUAACACUUCUGGUUGCUACUUGCAUUGGAAUAAUGUAGGAGGAAAAGUGUUUUGGGACAGCAGAAUAGCUCGAUUUUUCAGGUCAGUGAGUGGGGAGAUUUUUAAUGUCUGAAGGAAUAUUUGAUGACUGCUAGCAAACUGAUAAGCAAAUACCUACUUAUAUAAAAAACAAGCAAGCAACGGGACUGUCAGAUAAAGUCUGGGCUUCAGUGUAAGUGCAAACUGCUGGCUUUCACGGCAUGUCAUUCCAUUGUAAACUUUGUUUCUUCAUGGCAGUGGUAAGAGAAUUGACAAACUUGUCCAUACCUCUAGACGAUUAACUGAUAACUUAAAAGUUCAUAAAUUUUUCAUAAUUAACUUGUAAGACUAAACUAUAUGCAUUCCUUCAUAUGAAAAGUCCUCUAGCACAGGAUAUGGGGGAAGAUCUGGGACUAGAACUACCCACAGCUUCUUUGGGCUUACCAAAACUUCAAUAUUCAGUGAGGACUGACUUCUAAGGAUGCUGUUUUUGAGUUGUGUCCCAGUGUAAGUGAAAACACUUAAGAAAAUAAAAAAUGGAGUGAGGUUGCCAAACGCAUAAUGGUUUUUAAAGAUACAUGUUUCAGAGGAUGCUAGUGUUGAUGCUUUUCAAAUAUCUUGAAAAAGACAACUUUUUACAAACCAACUUGAUAACAUAUUUUAAGGAUGAAAAUGCUUAGGACAGAAUGUUACUUCUCAUGCCCGUUUUGACGUACAAAGUUGUGCCUUAUUUAUUGAAAAUGUCAAGGCUGCCAUAGUCUAAUGAUCUGUAUUGUUUUGUGCUAGAAUAUGUGAAGGCUUCUGUGCAAAGGAACUACCAGCUUCUGUAACUGAAGGUCGAUUUGCUUGCAUAAUGGUAAGACAGUAUCAUCCAUUUAAAGAGUAGGGAAUAUGGGUUUUACUUUAAAUAUGUAUCAAUGCAAAAUAAAUUAGAUCUUGAAAUAUAGAGAAAGUCUGCCAAAUAGGUAAUCCAUUACCGAUUUUUGGCUAAAAAUUGCUCAUGUAAUGUCAUGGCUGUAAGUUGGGCAUCGAUGGCAUUACUAAUAUGAGUUAGUAAUCGCUCUUCUAGAACCAUCUUCUGUGUUCUUGUAAUUGCAGCCAUUUCAUUCGGUUCUGUUCUGUGAAGGUCAAGUUUCAUAACAAAAAUGGUGCUAGGUUGCACACAGCUACAUAAUGUGAAGUGUAAUCCGUACAAUUCAGUCUGUGACUUCGUAUGCCAUGAGCAAACAAUAUUUUCUGACUUAAUUUUUAAACGAAUUUAAGUAAAAAUGAAGGUUUUUGAUUUGCAGUGUGAAGUGCGUGAUGCUGACUGGAAACUAAAUGUAAGGCCCAGUUUAGAAGCCACCAUCCUAUUGAUUAUUAGAAACAAAUUACUGAAGCAAGCUAACUUUUGAACUAUUAAAAUUACUAAGUUCUAAAUUCUAUUGCAAGUGUUUUAUUGAUAAAGGGAAAAAUGCAUUGACUUUUUUUUCCAGACUUAGAAGUAGCAUUAAAUUUGGCCUAAUAUGAUUGGGAUGCUUAAAAAGAAUCUAAACAAAAUAUCUUUUUCCAUAUAAAGCUGCUACAACUAUGACAGUAAUUUUGUUUAUGCAAGACCUGUUAAAGGGAAUUUUUUUAGAAAAGGAUUCAUCUGACAUUUAUGUGUAUAAUAUUAUAUAUAAACAUGGUUUACAGUCCUCUUGGACAAUUUAUUUUUCACUCACAUUCUUACUAAUUCUUCUCGAAAGUAUCAAUCUUAACUAUUUGUAUAGUACUAAUUAUGUCAGCAAGCUUUUUUUUUUCUAAUAAAAAAAAACAGAAUGAAGAAUUCCAAAGUCAGUCAGGUUGGGAGCUGAGGUAAGGAAAUUAUGUAGAUACAAUGUUAAUGUUAAAUUUGGUAUCAGACAUCUGCAAAUCUGUAAAGCUUUGAGUUACUCGCAACCUGUAAAUAAGGGGCCUCAUGUCAUUAAAAUUGUGUAAAAACAAUGUUUUAACUAUGUAAUCUUGUCUUCAGCACAUAGCAUGUUUUAACGGUUCUGCCAUAAUGUGGUCAUUGAUUAAGGAUUCAGUGUGCUUCCUGGCUCUCAGUAGUAAUGUUCUACCAACAGAAUUGAUGUCAAAAGUACCGAAUACUUUGUAUACAUAUUUUCACCUUACCAAAUUGUAAAAUUGGGUUAUUUUGUAUGUGUUGGGGAGGGUAAGACACAAUCCCAGAAACCUAAUAAACUGGCAUUGCCACAAACUGUUA